CACUCAAAAGUCUUCCUAACUCCAUUACGAGGUUGCAAAAUUUGCAAACACUUAAUCUUAACAAUUGUUCUAGCUUGAAAGAAUUGCCAAAGGGUAUAAGGAAGUUAGUUAGCCUUCGAAAUCUAGACAUAGAUGGUUGUCUUACACUUAGUUAUAUGCCACGUGGACUAGGGCAAUUGAGUUUGUUGCAUAGGUUAAGUGAUUUUAUAUUGCCCAAAGAUAAAGCUCUGGCUAAGAAAUAUUGUGGACUUGGGGAGCUAAAUAGGCUUAAUAACAUUCGGCGAAGCCUUUUCAUUAAAAAUUUGGGAAGUGUGACGGAUGCAGGAAAAGAAUCCCAAGCCGCGAACUUGAUAGAGAAGCGUUUUCUGGAAAUUUUGACUCUUUCAUGGGGCAAUUUCGAUAUUACUGAUGAAGCAAUAAUUAAAAAAAGAGGUGAAGCACUACUAGAUGGAUUGAGGCCGCCGGAAAAUCUACAGGAGUUGAGGGUCUGGGGAUUUAAAGGCGAGAGAUUUCCGGGGUGGCUGACUGAUUUGCCCAAUUUAGUUGCGUUAAAAUUGUGGACUUGCACAAGAUGUAGACAUUUCCCCCAAGUUGGCCUUAAUAAGUUGAAGGAACUCCGCAUGGAGCACAUGAUGAGCCUAGAAUAUAUUCCUGAGGAGUGUUUGAGAAGUCUCACCUCACUUGAAUAUCUUUAUUUCAAGAAUCUUCCUCGGUUAACUUCCCUCUUGCCUGGUUUGCGGCAUCUAUCGAAGCUCGUGGAUCUCACUUUUUGGGGAUGCGAGGAGCUCGAUUUAUCCAAAGAUGAAAGCGGCAACAUCAUCUUGGAUUUCCAUGGACUUCAGAGUCUCCGGUCUGUGAAAUUCUGGGAAAUUCCCAAACUAGAAUCUCUCCCACAGUGGAUUCUACAGCUCCGCAAUCUCGAGCGUCUCCAUAUUUUCAGUUGCGACAAUUUGAAGGCAUUAUCAGAGCAGAUCGAGGCCCUUCAAUCACUUCAAUGGCUCCAAAUCGAAGAUUGCCGCUCGUUGACAUCGUUACCUGAAGGAAUGCGAAGGCUCACAUCCCUUACUCACCUAACAAUCUCCUUGUGCCCAGAAUUGAAGGAGAGGUGCAAAAGGGAUGCAGGCGAGGACUGGUACAAGAUCGAUCAUAUCCUCGACUUAGAUAUCGAGCCCUAUUUCUCUUUCUGAAGGCUAGGUAGAAGUUGUGCAGAUUUUGGCACCGACGACAUAAUGCCAGUUGAGGAUCACAAAGAACUCACUGACCGCCAGUCCAAUGACAACAAACACAUGGAUUCCUCUCUUGCUAAAACAAACGACGCGGAAACACCAGGAGAUAAUUGUAGAAUACAUUUGGUUGCCCAAAAUUGGAGGAGAGGUGCCAAAAAGAUGCAGGCAAGGACCGGUACGAGAUAUUUCAUAUCCUGCGGAUAGAGUUGAUAAAGGUAUCUAUCAAUGCCACAUGAUUCAAUUCGGGGAGACAGACAGAUCGCUAAAAGAUCGGAGGCUCUGACAUAGAUCUGCACAGCAAAUCAAGGGCAUGAUUGGCGACAAUAAAAUAUGUAGCGUUUUUCCUUUUCACACGCUACAUGCAGUUGAUCUAUCAAUUUUUGAAAUGAGGCGAUCCCUAGACCUGUUGAGCACCCAUCUGAACUUCCAAAGUGGAAUUACUAUGGAUCAAGUACCGGUCUAGCUCUAGGGGAGGAUAGAGGAGAUCUUAUUGUUAGCAUUUGACAACAAUUAACAUUCUUGGUUUGCUUUUCUGCAGAGGUUCUCAGGUAAAUCCUUUACCAAUUUUGGGCACCAUCUUAAGCAAUUGGGUAAAUGUUUGACAUUAAAAGAGGUCUUAUCACAGUUAGACUGGGAGUCUAAUCUAUGAUUUCUUCAUUUUGAUCACUGCAAGGUUGUACUAGUCAUUUUGCUUGGUUGGGAAUUGACAUGGACUUCAUCUCUUUGUGACAACAAUGUCUGCAAAAGAAAUGCUUGCUGUGUGAUGCAGAAUGAAUGAACGAAGCAGUAGUCAUUGUUGUCGCUUCUUUUGAUGACUACAUCAAUCACUACCAAUUUUAAGUCUUUGUUGUGGACCUUGUGUGGAAUCGAUUUCUCUUGUAUCCACUCUUGUGUCAGAUAUUUCGUGUUCCGUGACUGCAAUUGGUCAUGCAGGUAAUUGCUGCGUUUGGUAGUCUUGCUCUACCAUGGCAAAAUCUGAUGGAUAUUUUCGCCAAAGCAGUUGGCAACAGUAAUUUGCAAUUAUACCAAGUUUGUGAAAGAAGAAAGUACUUCAUGGUGAUUGCCCUUUGACUGCGAGAGGAAAGAAUUAGGUGCACUGUCAAGAUUCACGAGUUGAUCAUCCAUUAGAUCUAAUGAAAUAUCAGAAUAACAUGUUUGCUGAUUGAUUCUUGGUAAGGUGGAAUUUCAUUCAUCUCUUAAAAUGUUGCACUUUGUAGUCUGCUUCCUUCAACUAUGUAACUGCCCUCAGUUUUUUAUGUCCUCUCAAGCUCAAUUUUGGGAAUGAGGCCUGAGAAUAACCUUGAAAUGGUUCCAAAAGGAGAAGUGUAGUUAUGCUACUGUUUUUAGCUUAUUUUUCAAGGAGAAUGUGGCAGCAUCCUUGGGGCAAUCAGUAAGACUCACUAUGUAUGUGUCAAAAUACUAUGAAGAAAUGGCGCAGAUUUUGGCACAGACAACAAUGCUAGAUGAGGAUCACAAAAAACUCACUGACAACUAGUCCCAACACAGCAAACACAUGAAUUUCUCUCUUUGUUGAAAUGGAAGAAGAGUGUAUGAGUUGAGGGUGUAUGCUUUACAGUUCAAGAACAAUACUAUUACAGGCUUGAGAGUCUUCUCAACUUGGACGUCAUGCCCUACACCCAAAUGAUGAUUGCAGCAUACAUUUGUUUCAACAUUGGUGAAUCUUGUUUCACAUUUUGGAGUUAGUCUAACUAUGAGUCAGGAUCGGAGUUUCUGGGAUAGAUUUGCACAGAACAUCAAGGACAUUCCCUAAGCCUGUUGAGCACCCGUCUGAACUUCCCUAGUAGAACUACGAUGGAUCAAGUGCUAGUCAAGCUCUAAGGGAGGAUAGCGAAGUGAUCUUCUAGUACAAUGACAUAACCUCAAAACUGUCUUACUAUAUUUGCCUUCGCAUCAUUCCAUCAAGUUCUUGAAUUUUUAACGGCCCUCAAGCAAUUUUCGAGGAUCCUUUCUGAUAUGGCAACAAUAUCUUGGUUAUUUGUGAUUCAUGCACACCAGUUGGCGAGCUGAUCCAACAAACAAACGUGCCAGGGUUGCUGAAAUUUUCAGUAACCCAAAGGCUAUAAACGAAGUUUCAUGGUUCAGGAUUGAGCAAGAAAACAGCCUACUGCAGACAAAUGUUCAUUGGCCAUGGGUUGGCCUGUUGAAGUAUAUCCAGUUCCCCAGCUGAGAAAUUGUUUCACAAUGAAUUUCCUGAUAUAUUGAUGGAUUAUAGGCUAAAUUAAUGAGAAAAUUUGUAUUGUGAUACGGGCUUUAUGUUCAUAUAGGGGCCUUCUUACUGUGGUGUUGGGGCUGAUAAGUCAUUUGGCUGAGACAUAUCCGAUGCUCACUGCAAGGCUUGCUUAUACACCGAUAUCAACAUUAGCGGUACCAAUGGAGAGGUGAUGCCGGGCCAAUGAGAAUAUCAAGCGUGGGAAUUUAAGCGGGAGAUCAUCUAUGGUUUUCAAGAUACCUUCUUGAGGUGAAAUUUCAAUUACUUGCUCAAGAAAAAUAACGGAAUGCCAUUAACGGCAAACAGAAUUAAGUGCAUACUGACAUAUUCUACAGUAUUCAAAUACUUAAUUGUUUCUGUUGCGUAUAUAACAGAGAGUAACUGAGUAAGCUGGUGUUGUCCUCAUGUUAGAUACGAAGUCGAUAAGAGGGUUUCUGGAAUGGUGCAGGAUGCCACACUAACUACAGGUUCACACCAUAGAAAUAACAUGGACUUGGUUAAGUAUUUUUGUUCAUUGAAGGACUUUAAGAGUGUGUUCCCCAGUCUUUUCUGCAAUACGAAAAGCAUGAGAGGAGGGAGGCUUUGGAGUGACAAAAAAGGCAAUUCUAAUUCUCUCACUUCACCACUAGGAGCACAUUAGCGCCUAUGGAGAAGGAAAAGAGAAGGUUGAGGGGAAAGUAUGAAAUAGCCAACAUCAUACAUUUUCUUGGGGUGUUGCCAAUCGUGGUUGCUCAAUUCGUGUGGGCCGUGACACUGUGAAGUAGGGAAAAGGUAACUUGGAAGACAGGCGUCCUGCGUCAAACAUGGACCCAUAUGUUGUGAUUUCGUUACUUUCUGAAACUACAAUUUUAUGGAGCCCACGCUAGAGGCGGAAGCUCUUGCUGCUCAGAAGCUAGCAUUGAAGGUCUAAAAUUCAAGCUGCUGAUUAAGAAAGGUCAAAUGCAUUAAUCAAAUUGGUGAUGACCUACAAGCUGAGACGCUCUGAACCCCUAUUCCUCAAGAUUUAGGUCAUUGAGAGAAGAACCUCAUGUAGAUAAAGCUCCCCAGAGGGAAAGAAAAUUAGAUGUCCAAGUUUAGUCCUAGUCUCCUCUACAUUGGUUUCGUCCUGCAUUCACAAGUAGUCUCAACGUUUCGGGCAUUUGAGUUCACCAUUACCAUUUAGCAUCAUGGACAUCUUCCUGUGUUCGAAUUGUCAGUUACUUCGAUAUUUCAACACGAUUCAUCUAUAUUUUCAAUGUCCUCAUGUGCUGAACUCAUCAUAAAAGGCAGUUUGACUUCUGAUACAGCAAA